GCCAAACCAACAAGCAGUGCAAUACUAUCAUGAAAGGCUUCCUGUACACAUGUGUCUUGUUUGGGGCUCUGCUCUUGCAGACUUCAGCACAAGAUGCUAAAAAUCCUAUCUACCGCUCGCGAACUCGGCCCGAGGUCAAAUCAACCAACAAACAGUUGGCCGACUAUGAGAAGAAUCCCGCAAAUAAGCCGAAGAUCGAUUUUGUUCCAAAAACCGACGGUGAACCACAACCAGACACUGCUGGAGUUGCUGGUGGAAAGGUUUCGACCCAAAUCAUCGGCGGCACCAGAGCCACUCAAACGCAGAUCCCGUGGCAGGUUUUGCUGAGCAUUGACAACACCUGGGUUUGUGGAGGAUCGAUUAUUUCCAGCUUGUGGGUGGUGACUGCAGCGCAUUGUCUUUUUAACUCAACAUCCACCGUCAUCUACGCCGGAGGAAUCGACUACUACAAUAAAGCUGAAUCAAAUGAAGUGGCGGUGACCUCAACGGUGUACACUGUCCACGAGCAAUACGACGAUAACAAUUUGUUCAACGAUAUCGCCGUAAUCAAAAGCCCAAGCGCACUCCCAAUGAAUUCUUACAUUAACGCCAUCAGACUUCCGAAGCAGUCGCAAGCCAGCACAACCUUUGCUGGUCUGACUAUGCAAGCGAGUGGCUACGGGCAAAAUAAAAACACUGGUCCCGUCAGCAGCUACUUGUACUACGUGGCUCUGAAAACCAUCACUAAUACGCUCUGUGCGAGAACCUAUGGCACCAAAUAUAUCAUUUCCUCCAUCAUAUGCACUGCUGCUUCCUCGACUAAAACGAUUUGCAGUGGAGACAGUGGCGGUCCCUUGGCUUACAAGGAAAGUGACGGAAAGUGGACUCUGAUUGGAAUUGUCUCGUUUGGACAUAUUAGAUCGUGCACUAAUUACCCGGCUGGAUACUCCAGAGUCACCAGUUUCCUUGGCUGGAUCGGACAAAAAACCAGCAUUGCUAUCACUCCGUAAUUGAGUGGAAUGUUCCAAAAGAAAUAAAAA